ACUGAUUUCGCUGUCUGCAAGUGGCAAGAGUCCACUUUCCAACAAUGAAUGUUUGAAAUGGAGAAUUGAGAAAUUUCCAUGACCCAAGUCUCCUUCACCUUGUGACUUGGUUUGGAAUUUCGUGGACAUAAAAACAAAACCUUUCAUUUCCCAAGGUUGAUUUGAUGAUUUGGAUUGGAUGGGUACCAAGAGCUUCUUUAUGCUUAAAACCCACGUUGCUUCCAUAAACAUACGGGAGGUGAAUGAUUUUGUUUAUGAGAACAUGUUGGGGGCUUUUGGUUCUCUGAGAGGUUUCAUCUCUAACUAUGUGCUCUUUGCGUUUGGAUUGGUGCUUAGAUACAUCUUCAGGUUACUUCAUUUAGGAGAUGAAAAGGGGAAGGUCAUUGUUCCGCCUCUUCCACAAGCUGAUGGAGCCAAAAGGAACCAUUUUUGUGAUUCUGAGAUUGAUGGGUUCCGAGAGGAGUUGGCUAAUUUUCUGUUUUGGAGUGAAGAUGAAGGAAGUGAAGAGAUAGAAGGGGAAACAGAGUGCUUUGUUUUUUCCAUGGAGACUGUUUCUGAAGAAAGUGAGAAAAGAGAAGAAGAAAAUGGCUGCUCUGUUUUAAUGGAGGCCUACUUUGAUGUUGCAGAAGGUAGUAUGGAAACAGAAGUGAAAGCAGAGAGCUCUGUUUCAAAGGAGAUUGAUUUUGACAUUCGUGAUGAUUUUAUGGAUAGAGGACCAGAAGAAGAUGGAUCUGUUGCUAUUGAAAGUGACUCUGCUAACUCUAUUCUUCACGAAGAUAGUGUGGAAAAUGGAGGUGAAACAAAGGGUCUUGUUUUCAUGGAGACUGAUUCUGGUGUUCAUGAAGAUGGUAAAAAAGUGGAUGAAGAUGAAACAAAGAGCUCUACUUUCAUGGAAAAUGGCUCUGAUCUUUAUAAUGAUAGUAUGAAAAGAAAAGAAGAAGAAGAAACAAAAGAAGCUGUUUCGAUGGAGGUUGGUUCUAAUGUAGAUAAAGAUGUUAAGAAAAUUGAUGAAAAUGAAACAGAGAUCUCUGUUUUAAUGGAGAAUAUUUCUGGUGUAAAUGACAGUGGUGUGAAAAUUGAAGAAGAUGAAACAGAGAGCUCUGUUUUGGAGGAUGACGAGUCUAAAUUUGAUGCCGAUAAUAUGAAGAAAGAAGAACAAGAAGAAGAAACAGUAACAACCACAAGCAAGUGUGAGUACUUGUCAGGAAACGAUAUAAGAGGGUUUAUGGAAGAACCAACAACAUUAAGGUUCAGUUUUCGAGAAUUUUACAUGGGUUCAGAAGUUUCAACCGUUUCUGACAAUGCAUAUGCCAACACAGAAAUUAUUGCCGACAAGGUAUUUUCAGAGUUUGGUUCAGAGAAAGAUCCUGGAGCUCAAGAAGAAAGAGAGGAAUCUGUUCAAGAGGUUUCAAUUUCACCCCUCUCUACCAAUGUUCCACUUUGCUUUGAGAGUGAUGUGUUUGGUGGAACGGAUUCAUCUGAUGAAGAUUUUUUUCUUUACAAUGAAAACUCACUCACAUCUGAUUCAGAAUCAGAGUCAUCUAGCUCAAGUGGUCUAAUCUGGGGCAAUUGUAACAGAAUUGAUGAUUCAAUUGAUUAUCAGUUUCUGGGUGGUAAAAAUUGUGGUGAAGGUUUUGAACCUGAGAUUCUGAAGCUGAUGAUGAGAGAGGAAAGAAAAGAAGAUGUGGAGAAGAAACAAGGUUCAUGUGAUAGAAAAGUUACUGAAUUUAAAGUUCAUGAUAUUUUUUCUGAAUCUGAAGAUGAGUAUGUAGAAAUGGAACCUUGCAUGAAGGGUUUAAAGUCCUUGAAUGCACAUGGUUUUGGUUGUAAAGAAUCUGUCAAAGAUAUAAAAGAAGGUCCACAAAAUGAAGAAAAUAGGUGGGAAGAUGAAUUGAGUGAAUCAGAAUCUGAUGAGGAUGACUUUGAAUGGGAGCAUGAUGAUUUAGUGGAACAGCUGAAAUUGGAAUUAAGAAAUUCAAGGCAAGGAGGACUGGCCACAAUUUUAGAAGAGAAGGAGGAGGAAGAGGAAGAGGAAGAGGAGAUGGAGGAGGUAAGAGUGUCUCCAAGAGUGGUUGAAGAUCUAAAGCCACUGAAAAUUGAAGAGAAGCUUGAACACAGGGAUCAAAUUGAUGAAAUUGAGAAAGUUUACAAGAGCUAUGCAGAGAAAAUGCGGAAACUUGAUAUCUUGAAUUACCAGACCAUGCAUGCUUUAGGUCUUCUUCAACUAAAAGACCCUCUCAAAUUAACUUCAAUACCAAAAUCCACAAUCCCAGGUUCAAAGCCAGCAAUCUCUCAGAAUUUGUGGCCACGCAAAGCAUCAAAGAACACAUCUGAUCCACUUAUGAAGAUUGUUCAUGAACUGCAAAGAGAUUUGGAAUUAGUAUAUGUUGGGCAGGUUUGCCUCUCUUGGGAAAUCCUGUGUUGGCAACACAAGAAAGCCCUUGAGUUACAACAACAUGAUUCACAAGGGUCUCAUAGGUAUAAUCAUGUAGCUGGUGAGUUUCAACUUUUUCAAGUCCUAGUUCAAAGGUUCAUAGAGAAUGAGCCAUUUCAAGGGCCUAGAAUUCAGAACUAUGUCAAGAACCGUUGUGUGAUUCGCAACUUGCUUCAAGUUCCAGCCAUUAAAGAUGAUAGUAAAGGGGAUGAGGAAGAGGAUGAUAUUGGAAGUGGAAGGUUAGCAGAGAUCAUCAAGGAAUCGAUGAGGGUGUUCUGGGAAUUUCUUCGAGCAGAUAAAGAUUAUGGGAAUGUGAUUUUUAAAGUUUCUCAACAAAACAGAACUAAUCUUAAAGAUCCUGCAAUUUCAGGUCUUCUAGUGGGCAUUCGAACACAACUACAUAAGAAGGAGAGAAGGCUGAAGGACAUAGUGAGAAGUGGAAAUUGCAUAGUAAAGAAGUUCCAAAAGCACCAUGAAGAUCAACUUGAUCAUGAACAAUUGGUUGCUCAGGUUGGGUUGAGAUUGAUUUCAAGGGUCGUAAACAUGUCCAAGUUGAGAAAAGAAGAGCUAAUAUGGUGUAAUGAAAAGUUACAUCGAAUCAAAUUUUUGAGCAGGAAGAUUGUUCAAGUGGAACCAUCCUUCAUGCUUUUUCCAUGUUGACUCAAGUCAAUUCUUCUCAAAUGUAGAGGAAGAAAUAUGCUAGAGGAAUAGAUAUAGAUACUUUUUCACAGAAAUCAUAUCAUAGCUUACAUAGAAAUUAGACACAUAUCACAAAAUUCUCAGUGUAAAUAUGUAUGCUAUAUAUAAGCUUCGUGUUUAUUCAUCAUC